CGAGGGCUUUCCUCAACAGGUCUGUAACAUAAACAAAUUCCUACGACGCCGCUCUAUAACACUGCGAAGUUAUAUUUUGUCAACGAUGAUUGAGAAAUAUGGCCGAGGACGAGCUUGCUGCGUUCAGGAAGCGUUGGAAACAAGAAUUAACGAGUAAAAAAGAUGAGCAGCGACUUGUUUGUGCUCCCUCUCCUUCCUGGGAUGCUCCCGGUCAGUCAGGCCAGAAAGACUUGAAAAAUAGGUAUUUUGAAGACUCGAAACAUCCUUCAAAACCAGAAGAGGACGCUUACACUGCGGAUGAAGGAUGUGUUGGUGGAAGAGGAGGAGGAAAAGCUGCAGCGGAGGCAGAGGAUCAGCCGGAGUACGUGUCCAUUGCACGUAGUUUGCUGGAUGGGAGGACCAGUCCCCUCCUGGACAGGAUUCAGGAGGAGAGAACCAGGAGAAAGAGGCAGUAUGCUAACAUAACUAAUGUCUGCAGCACAUCCCUGCAGCAGCAGCAGCAUCCGCCUCAGAGGAAGGUCAAGAAAGACGAGGAGCUGCUGGAUCAGCUCAUUCAGGAUCUGAAUGAAGUCAAUGACAUUCCCUUCUUUGAUAUUGAGUUGCCAUACGAGUUGGCCUUGAAGAUAUUCCAAUAUCUCAACUGUACUGAGCUCGGCCGGUGUGCACAGGUGAGCAGGGCAUGGAGAGUCCUCGCGGAGGACGGAGUUCUGUGGUUCAAGAUGUGCACGAGGGAGGGUUAUCAUCAGGAUGCCAGCGUGUCCGACUCCCCCUGCUGGAAGAGCACGCUGCGAGACUGCAGGAACUCGGCCAAAAGGGUGUGCUCCAACUGGAAGAACCGAGUGGGAUCCAUCAGCCAGCUGCAGUUCGAGCUGGGCAAGGUGCUGUGUGACGUCAGCUCCUGUGACAACUUUGUCUUGGCUGGGUACACGUCUGGUGAUGUGAGGCUGUGGGACACGCUGCACUGGGACUCAACAGCCUCCUACCUGAAGACUAACAGCCUGUCAGGGAACUCUGACCCCAGACCUUUUGUUAGUCACGUCCAGGUCAACAGCUUAGUGGCUGCUGCGGCUUAUGAAGAUGGCUGUGUGGACCUGUGGAGCACAGAGACAGGUGGAGAGCCCAUCCACCACUACCAGAGCCCAGGGAGGAUCCAGGCCCUAGCCCUGAGCCCCGACAGCCCCAUCCUGGGCUGUGCCGCCGGGCCCGAUGUUCGGCUGGACCGUGCCGACGAUCGUGGCUACUGGAGGACGCUCUGCCAGGCUCAGCUUCCCAAGACCGUGCAGAGCCUGGUUUUGGUGGCCGGCAGGGGGCAGCACUGCCCGCUGGCGGCCCUGACGGCAGGUGACACCGUAUACCUGUUGGACCCUCGGGAGGAGGAGCCACGGACGCUCCACUCAGUCUACGGUCAUCCUGUGACCUGCCUGGAUGCCUCUGAGUCCCAUGUUGCACUUGGAGUGAAGCGCACCGGAUGGGCCAUGCAUGACGGAGGAAACAAGAUCCACGUCUACAGCCUAGAGACGGGCCAGCCUGCGGUUUGUGUCGGCAGCUCGCUCGGAGAUUUCACUUGCAUCAACCUGAGAGACGCCCCCCCUCACCUGCUGGUGUGUGGAAGCAAAGACAGGAGGGUGAGGGUGUUUGACCUACGAGCCGGCUCCUCCGCCGCGUCCCUGUACGCCCACCACCUGGGCGUGGCCUCGGUGCAGGCGGACGACUGGAAGAUCGUGAGCGGCGGCGAGGAGGGAUUGGUGUGUGUGUGGGAGAUGAGGAUGGGAGCGAAGCUGUGGGAGAUGCACAACAGGCAUCCUGUAAGGCAUGUACGCUUCAACACAAGCGCCCUGGUAACAGCCAACAUCCCCGAUGACAAGUCACCACGGGGGGCCUGCAUCACAGACGAUGACCUUACAGCUCACCGCAGACACAGGGGAGUGAUCUGCCAUUACGACUUCUCUGAGGACGCGUUGUCACAGGACCACAUCCUGCCCAUCUGCAGGUCGGACUACACCGAGUCAUACGGCUACAAUUACAACAUAGGCCUGGCGGUGCCUUACGACAGGCUGUCAGGCUCCCAUCCAUCCCACUGACACUGAACAAACAAAUAGGAAAUUUCACCAAACUAUAUCCUUUCAUUUUACUACUUUCCUUUUAUCAUCCUAGUCAGAUCAUGCUUUUUGGAAAUGUCACACUUCAUGUUGUAUAUUAUCUGUAACUGUUAUUGCAAUUUGAAAUGUUGAAUUCAGCUACCCAGAUGUUGCACAGGAUCACAGCCUUGUAAACAAUUUCUGUAAACUGGAUGGACUUUUAAUUGAUGUUCCUGGAUUUAAUUGUUUGGCUGUGCAACACUACAGCAAUAAAAAAAAGUCAUAUUUCUACCUCAA